CAAUUCCCUCCCCACCAACUGAAGUCAGUGUCCACAGCAGUACUGCACACAGCAUUCUGGUCUCCUGGGUGCCAGGUUUUGAUGGAUACUCCUCAUUCAGGAAUUGCAGUGUUCAGGUCAAGGAAGUUGAUCCACUGAGUAAUGGCUCAGUCAUGAUUUUUAACACCUCUGCCUCACCACAUCUGUACCAAAUUGAGCAGCUGCAAGCCCUGGCUAAUUACAGCAUUGGCGUUUCCUGCAUGAAUGAAAUAGGCUGGUCUGCAGUGAGCCCUUGGAUUCUGGCCAGCACAACCGAAGGAGCCCCAUCAGUAGCGCCAUUAAAUGUCACUGUGUUUCUGAAUGAAUCUGGUGAUAAUGUGGACGUCAGAUGGAUGAAGCCUCCAAUUAAGCGGCAGGAUGGGGACCUGGUGGGCUACCGGAUAUCUCACAUGUGGCAGAGUACAGGGACUUCCAAAGAGCUCUCUGAAGAAGUCGGCCAGAAUGGCAGCCGUGCUCAGAUUUCUGUUCAAGUCCACAACGCCACGUGCACAGUGAGGAUUGCAGCUAUCACAAAAGGGGGAGUCGGGCCUUUCAGUGACCCAGUGCAAAUAUUUAUCCCCGCACACGGUGGGAUAGAUUAUGCCCCCUCGUCCACUCCGGCACCUGGCAACACGGAGCCUGUGCUUAUUAUUCUUGGCUGCUUCUGUGGAUUCAUUUUGAUUGGGUUGGUUUCAUAUAUCUCUCUGACCAUCAGAAAAAGAAUCCAGGAGACAAAGUUUGGGGCCUCGACAGUGCCUAGCACACACAGUAGACCCGUGAAAAAUAUUAGUUCUUUUCCUUCACUGAAACACAUGCAACUUGUUGGAGAAUUUGGGUCUGUAAUGGAAGGAAAUCUUAAGCAGCAAGAUGGAACCUCUCAGAAAGUGGCAGUGAAGACCAUGAAGUUGGACAACUUUUCCCAGCGAGAGAUCGAGGACUUUCUCAGUGAGGCAGCAUGCAUGAAAGACUUCAGCCACCCGAAUGUCAUCCGACUGCUAGGUGUAUGUAUAGAAAUGAGCUCUCAAGGCAUCCCGAAGCCUAUGGUGAUUUUACCCUUCAUGAAAUACGGGGAUCUGCAUACCUACUUACUUUAUUCUCGAUUGGAGACAGGACCAAAGCAUAUUCCUCUGCAGACACUGUUGAAGUUCAUGGUGGAUAUUGCCCUGGGAAUGGAGUAUCUGAGCCACAAGAAUUUUCUUCAUCGUGAUUUAGCUGCUCGAAACUGCAUGUUGCGAGAUGACAUGACUGUCUGUGUUGCGGACUUUGGCCUGUCUAAGAAGAUUUACAGUGGUGAUUACUACCGCCAAGGCCGCAUUGCUAAAAUGCCUGUGAAAUGGAUCGCCAUUGAGAGUCUUGCCGACCGAGUCUACACAAGUAAAAGUGACGUGUGGGCGUUCGGCGUGACCAUGUGGGAAAUAGCAACGCGGGGAAUGACUCCCUACCCUGGAGUGCAGAACCAUGAGAUGUAUGACUACCUUCUUCACGGCCACAGGCUGAAGCAGCCUGAGGACUGCCUGGAUGAAUUGUAUGAGAUAAUGUUCUCUUGCUGGAGAGCUGAUCCCUUGGAACGACCCACCUUUUCAGCAUUGAGGCUGCAUCUAGAAAAGCUCUUGGAAAGUUUGCCUGAUGUUCAGGACAAAGCAGAUGUCAUUUAUAUCAACACACAGUUGCUAGAGAGCUGUGAGGACUUGGCCGAGGGCCCUGCACUUGCUCGGCUGGACAUGAACAUUGAUCCCAACUCUAUAAUUGCUUCGUGCACCCCCAGCGCUGCCAUCAGCGUGGUCACAGCAGAAGUUCACGAGAACAAGCCUCUUGAAGAAAGGUAUAUCCUGAAUGGGGGCGGUGAGGAAUGGGACGACCUGGCGUCCCCCCUGUCUGCUACAAUCACUGCUGGGAAGGAUGGUGUUUUACCUGAGGACAGACUUGUAAGGAACGGGGUCUCCUGGUGCCAUUCCAGCACACUGCCCUUGGGUGGCCCAUCGCCAGAUGAACUUUUAUUUGCCGAUGACUCCUCAGAAAACUCAGAAAUCCUGAUGUGAGGAGAGCUGAGAGGAGACAUUCCAAACCCAAGUAAAUUCAUCUGUUUUAGGAGAAUCCAGUUAUGCCUAAUGUUUUAGGUAUUUGUUUUCCUUAUGCGGUAAACUCCAUGGCCCCAAAGCACCAAAUGAAUGUUGUCAAGUAAGUCAUCAUUAAAAAUGCAUAAUAUAUAUUUAUUUAAGGAGAAAAAAUAUAUGUAUGUAUAUGGUGGAAAAAGACAAAGAUAUUAUAUUUUAAUAAAAGAUGACUUAUUUCACUUACCUUGCAGAUCUUAACAUUUAAUCUGUAGCUGUUCCUUGAUGCUAACGUUUGUACAGAGUCAAAAGUUGUUUAUUACAGUUCUUUUUUUCCCCAUGACUAUUAAAUAUAAAAAUAUUUGUAAAAUGAAAUGCCGUAUUUAACUUGGCUUCUGGUCUUCACGAGAGAUUUUGAUAUUCCUACAUGAAUCAUGCAUUUGAUAAGAAUGAUUCAUUUAAUAUUUAAAGUUUUAUAACUGAUUAAUUUUCUGAUAUGACUUCCCAAUAAAAUAUGAAUGAGGAA